AGCGGUGUUCGGGUCCGGGAGCAGCAUGGCGGCGUCCGUGAGAGGCUAGCUUUGGGCAAAGGUAGUGUUUGGUGUCGCUUCCUUGCGUGGUCUUGAUCAACGGACGCUUUCCUGGACCACCCGACUUAAGGAAAAGUGUACUGGUAGGCGGACUUUAGUGACCGACCGUCCGCUUGUAUCCCCGACAAGGAUCAGGGGCCUGGGCACUGACCAGGAUGAGCAACAUCUACAUCCAGGAGCCUCCCACGAAUGGGAAGGUUUUAUUGAAAACUACAGCUGGAGACAUUGACAUAGAGUUGUGGUCAAAAGAAGCUCCUAAAGCUUGCAGAAAUUUCAUCCAGCUUUGUUUGGAAGGUUAUUAUGACAACACCAUUUUUCAUAGAGUUGUACCUGGUUUUAUAGUCCAGGGGGGAGAUCCUACUGGUACAGGGACUGGUGGAGAGUCUAUGUACGGAGCCCCAUUCAAAGAUGAAUUUCACUCACGGUUGCGCUUUAAUCGGAGAGGCCUGGUUGCCAUGGCAAAUGCUGGUUCUCAUGAUAAUGGCAGUCAGUUUUUCUUUACGCUGGGUCGAGCUGAUGAACUUAACAAUAAGCACACCAUCUUUGGAAAGGUUACAGGGGAUACAAUAUAUAACAUGCUGCGACUGACAGAAGUAGACAUUGAUGACGAAGAAAGACCACGUAAUCCACACAAAAUAAAAAGUUGUGAGGUUUUGUUUAAUCCUUUUGAUGACAUCAUCCCAAGGGAAAUAAAAAAACCGAAAAAAGAGAAACCAGAAGAGGAAGUAAAGAAACUGAAACCCAAAGGCACAAAAAAUUUUAGUUUACUUUCAUUUGGAGAGGAAGCCGAGGAAGAAGAGGAGGAAGUAAAUCGAGUUAGUCGGAGCAUGAAAGGCAAAAGCAAAAGUAGUCAUGACUUGCUUAAAGAUGAUCCACAUCUCAGUUCAGUUCCAGCUGUAGAAAGCGAAAUGGGUGAUACAGCAGAAAAUUUAGAUGACGAUGGAGAAGAUGCAAGUGCAGAGCGUGGUGAUGAUGAUGAUGAUGAUGAAAAGAACCUGAUGAGAGAAAGAAUUGCAAAAAAGUUAAAAAAGGACACAAGCACAAAUGUUAGAUCAGCCAGAGAGAGAGAAGUGGAGAAGAAAUCAGUCAGCCGCAGCGAGGAACUCAGAAAAGAAGCAAGACAAUUAAAGCGGGAACUCUUAGCAGCAAAACAAAAAAAAGUAGAAAAUGCAGCAAAACAAGCAGAAAAAAGAAGUGAAGAGGAAGAAGCCACUCCAGAUGGUGCUGUUGCAGAAUACAGAAAAGAAAAGCAAAAAUAUGAAGCUUUGAGGAAGCAACAGCCAAAGAAGGGAACUUCCCGGGAAGACCAGACCCUCGAACUGCUGAACCAGUUUAAAUCUAAACUCACUCAAGCAAUUGCUGAAACUCCUGAGAACGACAUUUCUGAAACAGAAGUGGAAGAUGAUGAAGGCUGGAUGUCGCAUGUACUUCAGUUUGAGGAUAAGAGCAGGAAGGUGAAAGAUGCAAGCAUGCAAGACUCAGACACAUUUGAAAUCUAUGAUCCUCGGAAUCCCGUGAAUAAAAGAAGGAGGGAAGAGAGCAAAAAGCUGAUGAGAGAGAAAAAAGAAAGAAGAUAAAAUGAGAGGAAUGAUAACCAGUACUUGCUGGAUGUGUGUCUGCAGUGGCCUUGUUAACAGCCAUUGUUCUCACAGCAUCACUGAGGGAUGUGAAAAGAAGUGUUUUUGAGCUUGUUGUCUGGUUUUAAAAAGCAAUUAUCUUGUUUUGCACAUUGUGGAAUGAUAUAAGCAGAUGCUUUUGGUUACUAGUACAUGCUUUUUCUUUUCCUAUUGAUCUUUUAUAUUGCUAAUUUUGAAAUAAAGUCACUUUUCUUCCAUUUUAUGUGUUAAUUUGUGGACUGUGUAGGACUGUUUAUGUCCCUUUACCCUAAAAUAUGUAAAGACUUUCAUUUCAAGAUUUUUUUUUAUAAGAAGUUAUUGCAGGAAGAAUAUUUGAGAGAAACCUCCCAGGCACUAACUAUGGAAUAUAAUUCAAAAUUUUAAAUUAAAAAU